UUCAUUCAAAAUAAGGUCAUUGGUAUUCCUCGUUAUGAAAAAGUGGAACUUCAAAUGCAUUGCCCUACUUUUCUAACCCCCCAAAACGGGUCUUGGUUACCUGUGGUUCCUACGUGGUGAUGCAAUGGGCCAAGGCUGGUUCCCGAGCUUCAGUCAACCAGGCAGCAAGUUGAUAACGUCAUUCGAUCUCAUGUCUCGGCUUGAGGAGCUUGGCCAUCACCAUUAUAGCUGCUGUGUAGUUCUGCAGUAGGCUCCGUGUUGGAUGCUGUCCUGCUCUCAUCCAUUUGGAGCCUACAUGGCAAGGACAAAUUGAAGACAUUGAUUCACGUUUUACGCACCAAAUUAUGGAGCUCAAACGGCGAAAUAUGUGCAUGUGUUUUGGGUUCACCGUGCCAAAGGAUAUCCUACGGAAUGUUCUUUGAAGGCUUCAACUACUAGAGUCACACUUUGUGUUGUUUUUUUUGCCCUGGGAUUACUUGGGGAGUUUAGUUCUGUCCGCUUCGUUGACAUCCAAGAGCAGGAAUGGCAACCGCAAGGCUUGAGUAUAUCGCUCCGUGGUGGACGUUUUGGCUGCACAAUUUUCCACACUUCAACUUCACUUUCCAGUUGACUGACAACACUUUUCGACCGGAGGAUGCCAGCUACCAGCAGGCGUUGAUCCUGCUGGCGUGCGUGGGCGCGGCGGGGCUGUGCCUCAGCCUGCUGGUCCUCACCGUCUACCUCAGCUGCAUGUGCUGCUGCCGCCAGGGGGAAGACAAGCAGGUCAAGAGGCCCAGCACCUGCUGCCUCACCUGGGUGGCUGUCAUCACCGGACUCAUCGUAUGUUCCGCCGUAGGAGUGGGUUUCUAUGGAAACAGCGAGACCAACGACGGAGUGUACCAGCUGACCGACUCGCUCUACAAUGCCAAUCACACGCUGGGCGGCAUCAACAAUCUGGUCUCUGGCUCGGUGGGCAGCAUGGAGCGAGGCCUGAAGCAGCACCUGGAGCGCCUGGACGAGAUAUUCGCCGCCCGGACGGACUACGUGCAGGCUCUGCGCUUCAUGCAGACGAUGGCCACCAACAUCGUCCGCCAGCUCACCACCCUGCCCGACCUGAGCCGCGCCCGGGUGGACCUGGCCGACAUCGCCGACCAGACGGGCCGGGUGGAGUACUACAGGUGGCUGUCCUACUUGCUCCUGCUGAUCCUGGAUCUCGUCAUCUGCUUGGUGACCUGCUUGGGUUUGGCCAAGCAAUCCAGAUGGCUGCUCAUCAUUAUCAUGUCUGCUGUGUUGCUCUCCUUGGUCCUGGGAUGGGCGUCUCUCGGACUGGGCACCGCUACGGCCGUGGGCACAAGUGACUUCUGUGUGUCCCCAGACAAGUUCAUCAUGAAUCAAACAAAGGAUUUCCUCAGUGCAGAUGUGGCACACUACUAUUUGUUCUGCAGCCCCAACCUGCCCAGCCCAUUUCAACAGUCCCUGACAAUCUACCAGCGGUCCCUCACCACCAUGCAGAUCCAGAUCCAGGGCCUUCUACAGUUCUCCGUGCCCCUGUUCCCCACGGCCGAGAGAGACCUCCUGGGAAUCCAACGCCUUCUGAACUCCACAGAGUCCAACCUGCAGCAGCUCACGGCUUUCCUGGACUGUCACAGGCUCCACAAGGACUACCUGGAUGCCCUGAUGGGGGUGUGCUACGACGGAGUGGAGGGGGUCCUCUAUCUGAGCCUGUUCUCUCUGAUGUCUGCCGGUGCACUCUCCGCCCUGCUGUGCUCCGUCCUACGUGCUUGGAAACUCAUCGGUAUCAGGGACAGAGACUACGACGACAUCGACGAGGAGGACCCCUUUAACCCCCAGGCGCGGCGCAUGUCCUACACCCCCGGCAGGGCCAACAUCCACAGCUUCUGCAGCUACAACAGCAGCCUGGGCAGCGAGCAGGGCCUGGGCGGGCCUCCGCAGGCCGCCAACGCCAACGCCAACGCCAGCACGGCCCCCCCCGCCGAGUACAUGAAUCAGUCCAUGCUGUUUGGAGGGAACCCCCGCUAUGAAAACGUCCCAUUGAUAGGCAGAGGAUCGCCGCCCCCCUCGUAUUCCCCCAGCAUGAGGACCACCUACCUGUCCAUGACGGACGCCCAGAUCAGACACUUUGGGACGGACUUCCAAGUGUAGCCUGCCGUCCGUGGAUCAUCACAGCCGAGCACAAGGCCAGGGGGUCUCUGUCUGGGGACGAAGGGGAGAAGGAUAUCUUCUCGCUGUAUUCUUGUUUACAGGGGCCACAUCUGGCGGUCCUGGGUUGGGACAUGGUAAAAAAAACACAAGAGAAAUAUAUGGUCUGAUGACGACUGAUUGCCUCUGUGGUAAUGUAGGCGGAAGUCUUUACAGUGUGGCUAUUCCUAAGACUGUAGACACUGUCGCAAAAUGCCGUCAUAUGGUGCUCGGAAGAUUGUUAGCAUUUACGUUUACUCACAGGAAGAGAAAGUGAGCUGGACCAAACUAAUAAAUAAGUAUGGCUUUUGUCUGAGAGUUUUGUUUAUACAUGUGAGCUAAUGGCCUGCAUGGAUAUAGCGGGACCAUGUACAAGGUCGGCCUUUUCAUGACAGCGAGGAUGCAAUCAAACUAUGAUCAAUUAAAUGCAUCGAACCCAAAAGUCACAAUGUUGUACUUUGUAUUGAACAAUUCUGAAGCUUUGAUGGAAAUUUUCAUUUCUUCAAUUGUUAAAGACUUGUUGUAUGAAGAUCACUGUAGACCAGGUCGUUUCCAUUUUAUUUAUAUGUACUGAAGAUUUUUCCUUAGUAAGAACAAAAACAAAGUAAUACCCCACUGUUGUUUUUUUAUAGACACAUUUCGGAAUACUUCACUCUUAUAAUUAUGUCACCGGUUAUCAGCGUUUUCAUUUGUAUUAUAAAGGUCAGGAUAAACCCCUCCCACAAAACAUAAUUAAUAUGAAUCGGUCCCCAAAUUGAAUAAAGAUAUAGGCCCUUGGGGAGGCCUGUUGUUUAUUGUAAUCAAGAGUUUUAAAUGACAAUCCGUUAGUGCCUGUUACCAACUGAAUUGUUCAUGUUAACUUGAACAAGGUAUGUGUUAAUAUAUACUGUUUGCAUAUAAAUUAAAUUGACCAAUAAUUGUC